AAUACUGUUGGCGCUGGGAGGCUCGAACUUCAGCUCAGUGUACGGCUGACAGCGCGGGAGUCUCUGCAGACGUCUCAUCUUUUAGAUUUCUUUGUGAGACCAAGAAAAAAAACAGCAAUCAUGUCUUUAUCUAACGGCCAUCAUGUGAGCAAAGAAGAAUGGGAAUCUCACAACAAGAUGCUGCUGGAGCCGCUGGCAGUCAACGACUCAGAGGUGUUCUCCAUUAUUAAAAAAGAGAAGCACAGGCAGACGUAUGGUUUGGAGCUGAUAGCAUCUGAGAACUUUGCCAGCAGAGCUGUUCUUGAAGCGCUGGGUUCCUGUAUGAACAACAAAUACUCCGAGGGCUAUCCUGGCCAGAGGUACUACGGUGGUACGGAGCAUAUCGAUGAGCUAGAGAGACUUUGUCAGAAGAGAGCACUGGAGGCCUACAGUCUGGACUCGGAGAAAUGGGGUGUCAACGUUCAGCCAUACUCGGGGUCACCUGCAAACUUCGCCGUCUACACGGCUGUUGUGGAGCCCCACGGCAGGAUCAUGGGGCUGGAUCUUCCAGAUGGAGGUCACCUGACGCACGGCUUCAUGACUGAGAAGAAAAAAAUCUCGGCAACCUCAAUCUUCUUUGAGUCCAUGCCAUACAAGGUCCAUCCAGAGACUGGCUUCAUCGACUACGACAGGCUGCAGGAAAAUGCACGACUCUUCCACCCUAAACUCAUCAUCGCAGGAACAAGCUGCUAUUCUCGCAACCUUGACUAUGCCCGCUUGAAGCAGAUUGCUAAUGAGAACGGUGCCUAUCUGAUGGGAGACAUGGCUCACAUAAGUGGAUUAGUGGCUGCCGGAGUGGUGCCCUCACCCUUUGAGCAUUGUGACAUUGUUACCACGACGACGCACAAGACACUGCGUGGCUGCCGUGCUGGGCUUAUUUUCUACAGAAAAGGCGUGCGGAGUGUGGAUGCCAAAGGAAAAGAGACUCUGUACAACUUGGAGUCGUUGAUUAACCAGGCCGUGUUUCCCGGGCUGCAGGGAGGACCGCACAACCACGCCAUCGCAGGUGUUGCUGUGGCUCUGAAGCAAGCCAUGACACCAGAGUUUAAGGCCUAUCAAUUGCAGGUUCUCGCUAACUGCAGGGCUCUAUCCAGUGCUCUUGUUGACCAUGGCUACAAGAUUGUCACCGGCGGCUCUGACAACCAUCUGAUCCUGCUGGACCUGCGCAGCAAGGGAACCGAUGGAGGACGAGCAGAGAAGGUCCUGGAAGCAUGUGCCAUUGCUUGUAACAAAAACACCUGUCCAGGAGAUAAAAGUGCUUUGCGACCUAGCGGCCUGAGGUUCGGCUCGCCGGCUCUUACCUCCAGAGGCUUGGUGGAGAAUGACUUCAGGAAGGUGGCUGAGUUCAUUCACAGAGGCAUUGAACUGACUGUGGAGGUGCAGAAAAGUCUGAAUCCCAAAGCCACUCUGAAGGAGUUUGUUCAGGCAUUAUCCCAGGGAGAGAAGUUCCAGCAGCGGGUAGCGGAGAUCAGGGCUGAGGUGGAGGCUUUCGCUGGACAAUUCCCAAUGCCGGGUCUACCCGAGCUGUAGAGCACAGUUCGGACUCUAAAUGCAGCUGAACGGAUGAUUCAAGAAGAUUAAUACGAAGGCAUAUGAUGCUGGGUUUUUGUUUUUCCUUUAUUUUGACUGUUGACUCAUAGUCCUCAUGGAUAGACACGAUUUCUGUUCAAACAGAUUUAAUGACCAUCUAAUUAUUCUGUGUUGCCUUUCCCAUUUUUACGUGUUUUCCAUUUAGCUUCAGGGUCGGAUGUUACAAUCAUAUUUAAGCUUUGAGCUCAUCAGAAAUCUCACUUUCAUCUGUAUUAAGGUUACACUUCAGAGGUUUUGUAGCAAACUACCACAUUUUCAGUAUAUGGUAUACAUAUACAGUAUCGUAAGUACAACUUUGAAAAUAA